AUGCAUUUGGUAGUACACAACUUUCUGGGUGUUUGCGCAGUUUCACAGUGCUUCACAUAAUCUGGAUAGGCCUAAGUAGCAAUUUUAGACCCAUAUGCUCGAGCAAAGAAUUUUGGAAUCAGCGGAAAUACCAGCGCAGGCCGCUGCUCGGCAGAGUUUUCGCGCAUUCACCGUGUCAUAUGUGGCUUACUCGUUGAUGCGGGGAGAAAGUUGUGGACAUGUUCUCCUGGAAGUGCACGGUUUUACAGAUUUAGCGUGCAACAUUGUAACUACAGUGUUAGUGAGCCUUUUCAGCCUGUCCGGACUUUAGAGUAUUUUUCCGUGGGACUGUAGAGUCGACUGUUCGCCAUAUUGUGCGCAGUGAAACUCGAGAGAAAGUUGCCAGAGUUAUGACAUUUGCUGCGCACAAUCCCUUCAUGGAGCUGCAUGCAGUCGACUUUGAUCGAAACCAAAGUGACUCCAUGGAGCUGGCCAUGGAGAGCUCUUCGCACCACUGAUAAGGUCUGGCACCCUAAAGCUGAUGAGAAGAAUGGACACCAAACCUCAAAUUUGAUUCUGGAAGAUGGUUACAUGCUCCCCGCCUAGCACUUUCCUUUGGGAUUUAUAUUUCCUCCAAAAGACCUCUGUAAAUAAUUAAACAUUUUUUUCAACCACAGGCAAUAGAAACGCACUACAGAGGCAACGACUCAGUUUUGCACACUCAGAUCACAAUUGAAAACACCAACAUUUUCAGAUCUUGCAAUAUUAUUAUGAGUCUUCCUCCCCAAGUUAGUGCUGACAAGAGUGGCAAGCAUCGGGCUGCAGCCAUGAAAGAGCCUGUGCAGCAUUCAGGGGAGGUUUAUUAUGGUAUGGGACCUCCAGCUUUAGAGUCAAGCCACAGCAACUCGGCUAGCAGCUCUGCUGUUUAUAACCCAGAGAAAGGACCCCAAGGUCUCUCGCACUAUCAACAGGCUGCUCCAGUGAAGUGGAUGCCCCAGGACUCCAUACAGGCCCCUGGGUGGUCUCAGGAAACUCCAGUGCCAGCCUGGGGGCAAAACCUGACGUUCGCUCCACCCUACAUGGGGGGAGUGAACGUCAGGAGUCAGAUGGUGUUCCAUAAAGGAGUCCAUGAAGAUGUAGCUCUCCCGAUGGGGGGAGAAAAUCAAAUGCCAGGACCUGUGGAGGUUUACAGAGAUGGCACCCAGGCUCAGCCUCAGGGAAGGGGGCUUGAGUGGGAGCAGCAUGCUGCGGCUGCAAUGCACCAAGCUCAGCUGCAAGCCUAUCAGCAUGGCCACAAAGGUGUAGAGCUCCAGGGUCAGCCCCAUGUGCCGCCUCACACUUUGCAGGGGUCUGUGCUGCAACCUUUCCAGACAACAUUUAGACCCAGCAAGCAACAGUUCACAUCUGGUUUUUAUUCUGCUUUUCCGGGGAACAAGGCAGUGCCAAAUCUGGCAUAUGGUGAGCAGGCUAAAACUCAACAACAGCUGCUGCACCAGAUGCAGCAGCAGCAGCAGCAGCAGCAACAACAAUUGCAUCAUCACCAACAACAGCAACAACAGUUGCAUCAACAGCAUCACCUUCAAUUGCAGCAACAGCAGCACCAAAUUCAACCCCAUCAAAUUCAACAGCAUCAAAUCCAACAACUGCACCAAAUGCAGCAACAGUAUCACCGGCAACAGCUACAGGAGCGACAGCAACAAAUCCAACAAAUGCAACAGCAACAGCAGCAGCAGCAGCAGCAAAUGCAGCAGCAAAAUGUGCCACAGCAAGAAACGGCACAACCACAGGUGCAACCAAAACAGCAACAGACCCAAAACCUUCCAGUUUAUCAGCCUCCUGAGCCUUGUCCACCUGAAACUGUGCCUAAAAAGGAAGGUGUCCAAUCAGUAGAGCCACAACAGGUUCAAACCUGUGAUGCAUCAUCCCUACCUGAUCCAUGUCCUGAAAAGGUCACCACAAAUCCUGCAGAAACCUCAGAUGCACAGCCAGCAGCCCCUCGGCGGUCACGGCGCCUGUCCAGAGAUGGACAGUCCCCACUGGGUCCCCCUUCGACAAACAUUUGGUCUCAUGCCUCCAAAGAUCCUCCACCAUCCCAGAAUGGAGUAGCAGGUGCCCAGAAGGGAGGGGAAAGCCAGGUGACAACAGGUGGGGUCAUCCAGAUCAGCCGUAGGAAACGGAGGGCAUCUAAGGAGAUCAACUUGGAGACUCUGGCUCAGAAGGCAUCAGAAAUGGAGUCCCUGCCUGCCAAAGCUGUCAAGGAAGACGGUCCCUCAGGCAGGCAGGCUGCCAUGGUGCCCCUGGUUAUCCCGGUGUCUGUACCAGUGCACAGGAGCCAAGGUGAUACACAGGGUGGUUGGGCUCAGGGGCGAAGUGAGAGGCCUGCAGGACACUCUGACCGUAAACCUUCUGUCAUUGUGGCUCGUCGGCGAUCGCUCAGAAACCCCAUAACUGACAGUUAUGGUCAGGAUGGAGAAAACGAUCCAGGGCUGGACGAGGACAGCAAAUCCAAACUGAAGCGCCGACCUCGCCCAGAGCCUCUCAUCAUUCCUCCUCCCAAACCUUCCACCUUUAUUCUGCCGUCAGUUUACUCAAGCAUCACUUCCUACCAGAGCAACCUGCGUUCUCCAGUUCGCCUUCCGGACAACCCCCUCACCCUGCCGCCCUACACGCCCCCGCCCAUCCUGUCUCCAGUGCGUGAGGGCUCAGGUCUCUACUUCUCCACUUUCCUGACAAACAUAGCUGUAAGCAACCAAAUCCUGCCACCGCCGGCUACACCUAAGUCUGCAGUGCGCAGCCUGUUGCACUCCACAAGUUCAGAAGUCACACCUCCUGUCCUGCCCUUGAUCACUGAUGCCACACCUGUUAGCCUUGAACCUCGUAUCAACAUUGGUAACCAGUACCAGGCAGAAAUUCCCGAGUGGCAAGAUCAACUUUCCUCCCAGUUUGACCAGCAUAAGGCUGAGUUGGUUUGGCUCCCUGUGGAUAACUCUCACCUUAAACAUGGUGACCAGGAGAGCAUGGAGGAUUUGAUGAACAUGGCUUGUUCCAGUGUACUCAGAGGUGGAGGAACCAACCAGGAGCUGGUUUUACACUGUUUACAUGAAUGUGGAGGGGAUUUCCUUGAAACACUGGGACGUUUGAUGCUUCAGGACCCAGUUUUCCCUAAAGGACAUCACCUUGCAGGUUAUCACUACUCAGGCUCCGACAGCUGGACUGCAGAAGAGAAGCGCUACUUCAACAAGGGGAUCACUGCCUACAGGAAGGACUUUUUUCAUGUGCAGAAAGUGGUGCGGACCAAGACUGUGGCGCAGUGUGUAGAGUUCUACUACACGUACAAGAAACAGGUGAAGAUCGGUCGCAGUGGGAUUUUAACCUUUGGCCCCCUAUAUUCACCAGCGGAGAAGCACACAGAGGCCGUGGUGGAUGUUAAGACUUCACACCAAUCAAAAGUGACUCAGGGGGAGGUGGACGGGGAGGACAAGAAGGAUGUUUCUCAUGACCGGAUCCAUAUGGACAGCCAGCAGGCGCGAGUGGCUCAGUCACUACAGGCUCAUGAUUAUGCAGGAACAGUGCUGGUGAUCAAAGAGCCAGAUCAUGUGCAUAAGGAGGCUCAUUACCCGACUGCACCUCAUAGGCCACGGGCUGAGCCUGGAGCAAAAAAGAGCAAAGCACCGGCGAAGCCCCCGCAGGAUCCCGACGCAGAGUUUCCAUGCAAGAAAUGUGGCAGGGUGUUUUAUAAAGUGAAGAGUCGAAGCGCCCACAUGAAGAGUCAUGCUGAGCAGGAGAAAAAGGCUGCAGCGCUGCGCCAGAAAGAGGAGGAGGAGCAGGCAGCAGCUGAAGCUCGAGCCAGAAAGGCAGCGGCAGCGGCAGCUCAUCAGGGAGGAAAUGGGAAGGCAGUGACGGAGCAGGGAGAGGUUAGCAGCCAGGAGGACUCAUCUGAAGGAGAUGAUGACGAUGACGAUGACGACUGGCACUGAGAGGGAUGAAACAAGGAGGGAAAAUCAGCGAGGGGAUGGAUUGAUGGGUAAAUAGAUCAAAUCAGAGAGAAGGGAUGAAAAAGAUGUCUUGCUCCACGAGGGCAGAAUAAGCACAUUUAACAUUUUUCAAGUCUUCCUGGAAAUCUCCACACUCUUCCUGGCUGGUGUUUGACCAUUAUUCAGCUUUACACCGUUCAGCCAGGCAGUCACACUCCACAUUUUCACAAUUGUAACUUUUAAAUAUUCAGAGGAAGUUUGUUUUUUUGUUGUUUUUGUAAAUGCACUUAUACUGUAAGCUUCUGCUUUUGCCAAUAUUGCCUUUUUAUAUCCUUUAUUUAAUUGAAUUUGUCAAAAUAGUAUACAUUUUCAUUGAGUGGACUUAACAGAUAUUUGAUAUUUCAUAUCUAGCAAUAAAACAUCAAGAUCAGAGCCACCUAUCUCUUUAUAGUUACAGCCAUUUUAAAUAAUGAUAGAGCUUGUAUUUAAAAGCUUUUUCUUAGGAAAAUACUGUGCUGAAAUGUGCAGGUUUUCAUCAGAUUUUUAGGUUGAUUGUAUACUUUUACAAUUAAGGGACAUUUGAAAUUAAUAUGUACAAAAAAAUAUAUAUGAGAUUGCCAUAUAUUUAUGAUACUGCAUUUUUGCAAUUAUUUUGGUAAUAUGAAAACUAAUCAGCUUCAACGAGACUUGUAAAUUGAAAAGUAUAUUAAAAAUCUCUGUUCUGAAAAGCUUUUAUUUUGUCUGUCACAUGUCCAGUGUGCUGUAUGUUUGCAGGAUGUUGUUGAACCAGCAGGUGGAGGCAGAGUUGCAGUAUAUUGUUGGGUAUUUUCCUCACACACCUGGUUUGUGUGCAGAUAAAUAAAACAGAUUUUU